UCCUCAUUCCACAGAGUGGCAGCUCUGGCACAGCAUCGUUGACAAAAUCCUGCGCUGGAGGCGAAGCUGCGGUAGCUGCGAGUGCGCACCUCUUUCCCCAGAUCUCCCGGGGCCGUCACAACCGGUAGGCGUCCGGAGACUAGACCCACACCGCACCGCGUGAACCAAACAGUGGAAUAUAUUAAACAGGAGAUUUUCACUUCACCUGGACGCUGCGUAAAAAGGCGCAGUUAUUUUGUGUGGAAAAACAAAAAACAAACAAACAAACAAACAAACAAACAAAAAAGACAAGAUCCAGUCCUGCUUUGAGUCUAAAAACCGACGGGACCCCUGCUCUGUUGGAGUCGCUCCUGUUUCGUGCGGCAGUGCGCGAGGAUCACCCACCGACUCAGCAGACGCACUAAAAGGGCAGGAGGGACAGAGGAAGGUGGAGGGGCUUUUACGCACAGCAGCAGCAGCAGCAGCAGCAGUAGUCCUGUUUGAACUAACUGGGACUCUCAGCUCCAUUUAGGACCGAACACAGUCGAACCUCUCCUCUCCUCUCGGUCGGAUUUUCUGUAGAAUAAGUCCAAGGCAGAGCGGUCAGCUGGGAUGGAUUCCUUCAUCGUAGCGGCUCUGGCACUGUGCUCUCUAACGGCACCAGCCUAUGGGGACAAAGGCACCAGCAAAGCCCGGAGUUGUUCGGAUAUCAGACAGUUUUAUAGCGGGAAAGGAUUCUCUCUGGAUGUAGUCCCUGUGUCUGAAAUAUCAGGAGAGCACCUGCGCAUCUGUCCCCAGGGUUACACCUGCUGUACCAGUGACAUGGAGGACAACCUGGCCAUACUGAGCCGCAGGGAGAUGGAGGGCCUGCUAAAAGAGGCCGGACGGGCGUUACAGACCUCACUCACUGGCCAGUACAAGGCAUUCGAUGGUUACUUCUUGGAGUUGCUGAACCACUCCGCGGUCUCCCUACAGGACAUGUUUACUUCAACUUGGGGUUCCCUGUACUCCCAGAAUGCACAAGUCUUCUCUGAUCUGUACAUGGAGUUGCGGCACUACUAUAGAGGAUCCAACAUCAACCUGGAGGAGGUGCUCAAUGAUUUCUGGGCAAAGCUACUGGAGAAGCUCUUCUACCAAGCAAACAAACAAUAUUACAUAGGUGAAGACUAUCUGGAGUGUGUGUCCAAGCAAAUAGAAACAUUACGGCCUUUUGGAGACUCACCUCGUGAACUGAAGAUGAGGGUGACUCGGACAUUUGUGGCAGCACGGUCCUUUGUUCAGGGGCUGGUGGUCAGUGGAGAAGUCGUGCGCAAGGUGUCCCAGGUGCAGCUGAGCCAGGAGUGCAUGCGGGCCAUGAUGAAGAUGACUUACUGUCCCCACUGCCGCGGCAUGGCCUCCGCCAGACCUUGCGCCAACUAUUGCAGCAACGUCAUGAAGGGCUGUCUGGCCAACCAGGCGGACCUCAACACAGAGUGGAGGCAUUUGGCAGAAACAAUGAUCCAGGUAGCUCACAACUUUGAGGGCCCAUAUGGUGUGGAUGUUGUGGUUCUCUCGCUCCCGUACCGUAUAUCAGAAGCCAUGUUCACCAUGAUGGAGAACAUUGAGACCAUUAACAACAAGCUGUUCCAGAAAUGUGGUGACCUCCGAGAUGGAGGAACCAGCAGCACAGGAGUGGAUGACAUCAUGAAGAGAGGCAAAAUUACAGUGGAGGAUAAGUUGGGACCCAGCUCCAGCAAAUUAAGCAAACUGGUGUCAGAUGUAACUGUGAGACUGAGGAACAUGCAGCCAUACUGGGUUUCUCUCCCAAACGACCUAUGCAGCGACAGAAUUGCCACCGGAACAGGGGCUGAAGAUAAGUGUUGGAAUGGCAUAAACCGAGCCAGGUACCUUCCAGAGGUGAUGGGUGACGGCCUUGCCAGUCAGAUCAAUAACCCUGAAGUGGACAUUGAUAUCACCAAGCCAGACAUGAUUAUACGCCAGCAGAUAAUGCAGCUGAAGAUCAUGACGCACCGCCUGAAGAAUGCUCUCAAUGGCAAUGAUGUAGACUUCCAGGACACAAGCGAUGAUGUCAGCGGUUCAGGAAGUGGCAUGUGCGCCGAUGAUAUGUGUUCUCGAGGACCCCGCCUCGUUGUCCCCAUCACUGAACGACCUAAACACUACCCCCACCCACCGGAAAACGGGAGGGCCGUGAAAGCCUCGGCCAAACAGAACCUCCCGUGCGUCACCGUGUAUCUGCUUUCACUGCUCAUUUUGCUGCUCCGGCGAUAAUUGCCUGGAGAGUCUGCAAACCAGGACUGAGUAAAGAACACAGGUGAUGGGGAAGAGUCUGAAAGGGGAGGGAGGAGAAGUCGGGGGUUAGUUACUUUGCCAAAACUAAAACAGUAUACGAAAGAACAUCGACGUCAACAAAAAAAAAAAGAAAAAUCAAAUGGAUGGACUUCGCUCACGUUUUGAUUGAAAACCAAUGGGAUUAUGAGUAUUCAGAAAUGAUUUUGGUUCUGCUCUUCUCUUUCAUUUCUUGCUGUAUUAUGACACCCUUAGAGCUGGUCUUUUCACCUCUUUUAUUGUUUUGUUUCUGGUGUUUGGGUUCUUUGAGAUUAUUUCUGUACUAAGACAUGAGUCAGACUAUAUUGCUAACAAUAUAUUGGUGUUGACACCAUAAGAAGAAGAGGGAGAGUGGGGCUUUGCAGUGGUGCAUAGACAUGUAUUUUGUUAUUCCACUCCUUUUACAACAGCACUUGUUUUUAAACAGAAUAAUUUAUUUAUAGUCACAACCGACAGAGGAAAAAUUGGCAAUAAAUUUUCAUAGAAAAAAUACAUGACAGGACAAAAUACGGUAUUUAUUUAACGGAGGAUAAUCUGGAAAACCAUCCUAAGGGGGUCUCGGUAAGACCCUCCAGGCUUCUUUAUGUGUUAAGCCCUGCAAUGUCAUUACACUACACACUCUUUCACAGAGAGGAUGAGAGCACUCCAUGUCAGCAUUUUCUGCCAUUUCAUCAUGUAAGCAUGUAAGUAAUAAUAGCCGUGAUCACAUUCACACUGACAUGAUCGUCUACCAUGGGAGUAAUGUGACCCGUCGCUGCAUCCAUCCACUCAUCCCUACAUUCCCUCUGCCCCCCUGCUGAGGCAGAACUCUCUCUCUCUCUCUUUCUCGCUCUCUCUCUCCAGACCCCGCUGAUUGAGAAGGAUCAACUCGUGGGUCUAGUGUAGGCAAAACACAUGCUAGGCUGGGCCAGGUCUCAGAUGACAGUCCCUUCCAACCAUGAAGCGCUGUAUGUGGAAUAGUGGAAUCGGAUAAGGAUUGUCCUCACAAUACCGAAUUCAGUUCACGACUUUUUGGAAACGUGUAGCAGAGAAGAAAUGCACACAGACACAGAAACACUGCUGUCAUGUAGCACUUUUUUGAGUAUUUCCUUUUAUGCGCACAGCAGAGCAAAACAAUAAUAUGCAUCAUUUCGUGUGUUCCCUGCAAAGACCCAGUGUUCCUGUCAUUGUAACUGCAACUAGCAAUGCGAUAAGUUUAUGUCUAAUUGCAAUGAUCCCGAUGACACCAAAAGCCACACCAAGCAUGUCUUUAAACUAGCAGAAACAUGUGCAUAUUUUUAAUGGCUUCUUGUUUGUUUUCCAGAACAAAAAAAAAAAAAAAAAAAACAUUUAGCUGUCAAAAUGUCAUAAUGGCCAAAUUAUUGUAUGCUAAAAUCCUUCCAUCGUCUGUUCCAGUAUCCAUAUAUGCCUUCCAUUUUUCUGCAACUUUUCUAUAUCAGUGCCUCCUUCUUCUCACCCACCACUCCCUCUAUCCUUCCUCAUCAGUUAUAAUGACCUUUAAAGCGUUCUCCAUGCUUCUACAUGAUGGCAAGGCAAUAUGACAAUGACACAGUGCUUCAUUAUGUGUCAACCUCACUGGAAAUGUUGUGGGAACACAGUGGAAGGCUUUUCCUGAUGAGAAGCUCGCUGGGAGGAAACACGCACCACAUUUUAAUUCAAAGAAAUGUCAAAGCUCUCAUUUAAGAAAGCUGCGUGCAGGAUGACGGGACAAUGCUUUCAUGUGUGUGUAUAUACGUACGCACGUUCUGUGUGGAUAUGUGAAUUUGUUUUCGAUUGAUAGAGGGAAAGAGGGACAGACAAUAGAGCUUUUUAUAAAUCGUGUUUGGAUAGCACAGAAAUGAAUCGUACCGGACUAACAAUGUCUGACGGAGAGCUACUAAACCUACAGCAAUGGGAGAUUAAUAUAUCUAAUUUUUCAAAAAUGGGAUUUUCAACCUCCUGUAAUAACUCCCAAAUCAUGGUAUCUGCACUUGUAAGUAUUGUACGUGAUAGUAAAAAUGGGACGUGGAUGACUCAACUGGACAGGUUUUUUUUUUUUUUUUUUUUUUUUAGGUACAUCAUUGCUUCAGUUGCACACUGGGACAAUCCACUCUAAUUCUUUUUUAUACGGUAAUACUGCAUAUCUUACAAAAGUAGUUGGAGGCUUUGUCAAAGUUUAAGAAGCACAUCUGUUAAGGAAUCGGGGUUUUAGUGCUUUGAAAAUGGAUUAGGAUGUCGUCAUACAUGUUACCUGACAGAUUAUUUGGAUGGUUUUCAUCUUUUUUUUUUUUUUUUCUCUCUCUCUCUCUCUUUCAACAGUGCUUUAUUAAUGUAUGUUCUGUUGCUCUCACCGUGUGUACACGUACUUCUAAGAGUUCGUCUCUCCCUUUGUUUUGUCCCUGGUUACAAAAAUCUGCCUGUGACUGCCUUUGACACUUUGUCUAGAGUUGGGGUCAAUUUUUGAGAUUUAAAAAGAGUGACAUAAAUCUUCGAAAAAGCUAGAAAAAAAAAAAGAAAUAUGAAUGUGAAAGUACAUAUUAUGCCCUGUAUAAAUCAGAAAUGACUCCAACUGUGAUGGUGACAUUCCAAUUUAAAGACGACUUGCGACUUAUGACUCAUAACUUCAGUUUCAAUGACUUGCCUCAUAAUGUCAUCGGCUGAAAUUUGCACAACUACCCCCCUCCCUCCUCUCCUCCUUCACCUUUUGAUCUCAUUAAUUUGUUGCUCAAAGUCCCCCUCCCUUAUAUAAAACCUGCACUUUUUAUGAGGCCAAUAAAUGGCAUUGUCUGCACAAAGACAUCACAAGAUGGUCGAUCAAUACGAGCGUCAACACCUUCCAGGAACGACUAUUGAUUGGGGAUGUGUGUAUGCAGAUACUGUAGAUACGGCCCAGCGAGACGUCUCCUGUUCAACUGUGGCGAAACGGUGUUAAAAAACAAAGCCCCUGUUUCUGAGACGGGCAGUUGAAAGGUCCAGUCGUUGUGUGCACCUCAGUCCUGCCUUCAUUCAUUUGGUGGUGAAAAUGCAAAGCUGGUGAUUCAACAUUUUCUAACAGCUUUACUCUACACUGAGAUGAAAACGGGAGACAUUUCUGAAAGGUGCCAAUUCAUGAGGAAAAAAGUACUUUUAAUUGUCUUGUUUUUGUUUGCUUUGGUUUUGUUGUUAUCAGAAAAUCUAUGGAGAGUUUGUGCUUACAGUGAAGAUAGAUGCCAGAAAGAGGUUGAAAAAUACAAAUGUCUCAUUUGCUGUUGUACCUGAAAUCUUGUGUCAAUUAUAUACAUUGUAAGAUUU